CUCCCCUCUAUCUCUCUCUCUCCUGAUAUUUUCCCCUCCUCUCUCUGCAGACCGCCGCUCUCUCUCUCUCUCUCUCCUAAAGGAAUCUCGCCUCUGCAAAAGUAGAGCCAUGGGAGAGGGCUGCUACGACGUCAUUACCGUUUUGUUGAAUACUGGAUCAGAUCGGGAGCACGCUUCCCGAACCGAGGACGGGCCGUGUUCCAUCAGAUCUGAAACAACCUACUCCUACUCCCCUUUAGCUGCGAGGAGGGAGGAAGACUAGUCAUCUCACGAUUUGAUAUUUUCAAUUAUUAUAUCUCUGUGUGACCCUCGUGAUUUUCGGUGCAGGAGCAAUCUUUGCCGCAUGGAGGCGGCAUACGGGAUACGGCCUACUACUGUACUAGGCAGAGCAAUCAAUUGGUAUUACAAAAACCGGAGAAAAACUGCACCCAAAAGCAGCUGUCUUGUGUACCUGAAUGUUUCAUCUUCGGGACACUUCAUCAGCCGUGCUACGGUCGUAGCCAUCUGCCGGUUUCCUUGUCAAAAGGACAACAUGUACACACGGUGGUCUUCUCAAAAGAAACAACCUGCGUUGUUUUGAUAGAUUCUGGUUGCUUGCUUCCAAUCAAUACUUAAUAUCUGAUUGUCGCAAAAAAUUAUAUUUGCAUUAUCUUUAGAAAUAAUUUGCAUAAAGGAAAACAAAGGCGAAAUAUUUAGCAGCAAUGGCAGGGCAAGUACGCUGAUGCUUAGCUACGUUAGCAUUAGUACCUUUUUCAACUGUGCCAUGUUUGUGAGUUUACAAGCUUAUGAACUUAGAAACCGAAACCUAGGAAUAGGAGAAAUGUAGGAAUAUGAUCAAAAUCAGAAAGCAUAUAAAUUUUAUUUUUAUUUUUAUUUUGUGAUUUGUAGGAUUGUAAAAAUAAGGUACAAGUUCAUGUAUACAAUCCCGUGUAACUUCUCUAGUUUCAUAGAACGAUACUGUUUCUUAUGUAAUGAUUACUAAAAAUCAUACAUGCUAUGUAGGAAAUAUCCAAAGGAUUGGAAUCCUCCGAAUUUCAUUUCAAAACCCUAAUUUAGAGAGGCCCUUAAUUUCUACUUUGUACCAAGUCCGAGACACUUAUUUUGAGGCAGAGAGAGUACAUAAUAUGUCCACAUCUACGACACAAGGGAAAUACACUGGUCAUUUAAUGGAACUAAUUUGGUUUUAGAUGUUUUCACUUAUUUUGAUAUAUUUGAUCAAACUUAAAAUAUGUUUGGCUCGGGACAAAGCUUGAACAUCUUUGAAACGGAGGGUAUAGAUGUUUUGCCCCCUUACGCUUAGCCAUUUCAAUUUUUUCCCUUGAACCAUAAUAGCUCUUUGAGAAUGCAUAUGUGCACUGCAGCACUGGCCAUUUCCUGGCAUCCAGGAAUGCUUCUUUAAUACACGAUUGGACUUUCAUGUGCAUCUUGCUCAACUAACUGGUAUUGCUCAACUAAAGUUGUACUAAGUCUGCGACACUUAUUUCGGGACGGAGGGAGUACUAAUUAACUCCUACGAGGAAAUUUUGAAACAAGUUGAAGAAUUUUGGACAUGAAGCUGUGCAUGGAUGUUGAAUAACUGUACAAGAAGUCAUAGAGGGAGAUUAUUUAAGACUUGCUGAGUGAACCAUCAACUGGGGCGGAUUUACUGGGUCUGUGCCCGGGCUCAAUGCCGUCGAGGAUUCAUAAGGUGACUUAUCGAUCUAUCGUUGCCUUCCUUGUGGAGUCGAGGGACUAGUCGCUCUGGCCGGCCUUGGGAGCGGAUUGGUCGCCGACGGAGUGUGGCAGUGGGAGACAAGAAAGAUGAUGCAUGGCAGGGCCUCAUCUUCGAUGGGUGACGGUCAUGAUCCGAUGGGAGGCGCAAGUGCGAGGGCUUGGGCGGCUAGUUUGGCGGAUGGUGGCUCAUCGCCAUUGGGCAUUUGACUAGGCCUAAUUAGCACAUUAUUGAAUCAUGUCUUGUUAGGUUUGCCACUGCACAGGCGUGAAAGGGAAGCCCAACUAAAGAGCCUGGGCCUAAAGGAUUAUCAAGCCCACUGGACAAGCAACAGGCCGAGCAUCAAGCCCUAGCUAGUUCCCCUUCCCUAUUAAUAUUAUAUAAGGGGAACCACUGGAAAAGGAAAAAACACCAGUCAACAGGAGUAGAGAGGAUAGAGCGGCGGCGCGGAUUCAUUCGCCCGCGUCCGCUGCCGCGGCCGCGUCCACACGCCGGAGGAGGAGAAGCUGGGAGCGCGUGAGGCUGCUCUCGUUACUUCGAAAUCUUUGCUAUGACAUCCUGUUAGGUUUCUUUUUGGCAUUUUUCUUCUCUACGCAGAGGCGACAGAAAUGGAGCUUUCGGACUUCUGGUUGACAUGGAUUGCCAUCCUUCUUGGUCAAAUGGACACAAGGCCGUGUUCAGUUUUAGCUUGCCUGGCUCUUUUGUAUGUGUUUCGCAAAUCAGCUCCCAGGCCUAUCAGACUUGUCGGGAGCUAUUUGGUUGCCUUGUCUGUCUCUGUCUGGAGCUAUUUGGUUGCCUUGUUUGUCUUUGUUCUCCCCUUCUUCAUGGACUGCACCAGAGGGUUAUUGUGGCUAAUGUGGUUAUGUGUUAUGAUGGGUGGUGGCAAAAAGUGCUGGUAUCAUUUUGCGAUUCCAACUAUUGCUAUGGCUGUUCAUUUCCUACGCAUUGUUCCUCCUAUUGCGCUGUCGCUUCUGCCUUCCUGUGUGCUUAAUGCUAUUAUUUAUUGGAUAACUGGAGGAAUGUCAGUUGAAUAUUAUGCUACAAGUCCGUUGACAAAGAUAGUUCCAAAGCGUCACAAACAUAACACAUGUAUUUGCACAAAAGAAGGUGUCAUUCUUUGGAGUGGGUUCAUCAAAUGCUUAUUGAAAACCUAUGACAACCAAAAGAGCUGGGCGGGAGAGUUUGAGCUAAAUGAUUUAAGAGUGUAUGAUACAGUUUCCAGAAUCGAAACAACUCCUCUUUAUGAGGCUCAUUUUGCUAAUCUGCUUCUUGAUUUGUCAAAAAUGGCAAAGUUACUAUCAGGUCUCCAUAUGAGUAAUAUUCAGAAUCCAGGUCAGCUUCCGCUGAAUGUGAAACAGCUGAUUGCUCUCAUGACCGAGCCUCCAGUUAGUGUGAAUUCCCCAGAGGAAGAAAAGAAAGUGUAUCUUCAGUAUCUCUGCAACAAUCCCGCUGUUAAAUUGAUUGGACGACGCAAGGCUCUGAACAGAAGUAUCUUGAACUUAAGGCAAGCAGGUGCAGGCCACAAUGCUUCUGCCGAUGCUUUGACAACUUGGCUGAGCGUCCUGAUGAACUCCACUGGCUGGGCACUUGGUGCUUUAUGGGCUGCUGCUUUGUUGGGAUUAGUGGACGGAUUGUCUGUCCCUUGUUUAGUGUUGGUGUAUCCCUUUUUACUCCAUCAAAUCUACAAAUCAGCAGCUGUCUUGACUGUAAGAACUGCUGGGCAAUCAGAUGAAUUUAAGUGGCUGACAUAUUUAAUAAUGGAAAUGGGAGUUCUGAUGGACAACAAUGAAAGGUUUGGCGGUGUAUUGUUGGUUUGCAGCUCUAUGGUGGCAAUGGCCAUGAAAGUGGUUGUAUUCUGCUUGGCCUGCCUUGCGAUUCCCUUUGGUCGUGUAUUCACAGUGUUAUGCCCCUUUGGUCGUGUGGACACAGUGUUAUGCGUAUUGCCUUUGCCAGUACUUGUGUACUUGAUUUAUAUAUCAGCCCCCAUGUUCAUCAAAGUCCUGGGACGGGGCAUCCAAGUUGCAGGAUGGGGCAUCCAAAUUGCUGGAGGCUUGGCCGCAUCACGUAUUGGAGGCCCAGUUAUCUUGCACGCUUCAAGAUUAGCAUUCUGUCUCAUGUAUGUAAAUCUUCUGGUUGAUGGUGGCACAAGGUGGUUGGUUCUGUUUUUCCCGCUUGUUCAGUUUCUUUACCUUGUGUCCGCUCUUGCUCCCAUAGUCGAAUGGCUGAUGGUGCUUCUGCUGCCCACGGAUCUACUUAAUGUCAUGAGUUACUUGGUCAUAGGAGAGAUGUCAGUUCAAAGAUAUUCCCGAAGACCAUUGACCAAAAAAGUCCGGCUGCAGCACAACAACUUUGAUCUCCUGAUUCUCAGCCAAGAGGGAGUGGACCUUUGGCUUGGAUUUAUGAAGUGCAUUGUCUCAUCUUAUUACAAUCAGAGAAGUUGGGCCGGAACAUUCCAUCUAAAGCACAUGAGAGUGCGCGGAUCUGAAUUCAAGAUCCAACUCAUUCCUGUUUACGAGGGCACUUUUAAGAACCUGCUACUGGACUUGUCGAGGCUGGCGACACUGCUGUCAGGCUUUUAUAGGCCUAACAUUGAGAACCAAGAUCAGCUCCCGCUAUAUUUGAAGCAUUUGAUGACCGUUAUGACCAGACCGCGCGUGGAUUCAGCUUCAUCUGAGCAGCAGAAAGGAAGAUUCUUGAAGUUUCUGCUCAAUCAUCCUGCUCUGAAGUCUGCUGGGCGCCGGAAGGCUCUAAUGAGAGAUAUCCAAGAAGCAAUUGCUGGAAUGGAAGUAGCAGAAUCGACAAGGGUGAUGGAGUCUGUCCGUAAGAUCCGGAUGACCAGGAGAUCUUGGAGGAGAGAGCCUAGGAAAGUUCCGUUCAUGAGAAAGGUCUUGUACUUCGGGCAAGGAGGUAAAAUCCACACUAAGCAAGGCUAUGAUACUACCGCAGCUCAGCUGUUACGAUUCAUCAGAAAUUUUUAUGCGCACACUGGAGGCCGUACAGAUCUUCCUGACCGGCACUUGACGAUUAGCAUGCUUGAAGGAGAAUUGGCCAUGUCGCACCUUUUCUCGGAUUUUAUGGCGGAAGCGAUCUACGGGCUUGUCAUGGAUACUGGCAUGCAUGGCCAGCUUGAAGGUGCAUGGGAACCGUAUGCUGAUUGAGCAGUAGCAGUCCUUAGUUGAGCAAGAAGAUUUUUGAGCUUUGGCUGUGCUGAGGAAGAGGUUAGGAUUGCCGCUGAAUGCCACAUCAGGCAGCUCCAAUUGUAGUUACGCGGUGAAGAUGAGAAAGGAUGUCAUUUGUAUUUGUUGGUUAUUAGGUUAACCGCAGUCCUCGACAUUACUAUAUGCUAUCGAUGGGUGCAAACCGUCAUCACUCUAGCUGGCUGUUUCUCUUUAGAUGUUGGGUAAGUGUUAUGCUGUUGAUGGAUGGUGCUAUCCCCGUUGCUGCCUAUCUUUCUUCUUCCUUCUUUGGUUAAGUAUCUUCCAGCGAUUGUAACUCAGAUCUGUCAGUAGUAAAAAUGCUUAGUUCAGUUCUGCUCCAUUACUUUUAUGUACAGCGCACUGUUGGAAACAUUGGAUGGCACUGUUUGAAAGUGAAUGAGCACAGUUCCACAGCCAGUUCCGUGGAAGUUUUUUA